GCUGUUCCAAAGUUAUUUCUGACAUGAAUCACAGAAUGACACAGAUUCAGAAAUGAGCUGACACACAGAGACGUUGAGAGCACAAGCACAGAGAAACUGAAAAGGAAAAGAGAGAUUGAUUAGGAGGACAGGCAAAAAACUAUGUGUUAACAAUGGAACAGAACUCUGAAGUGGAGAGCAGAGAGUUGUGAUCAUUUGCAAUGUCCGUCUGCAAUGUGUGUUUGGUAGUUCUGAUCUGGUGCCAGGUUUUAAAUCUGUCAGCAGCAGAGAGCGAAGAAUCUGUUUUCGACGAUGGGAACCGUGGAAAUGGAACAGUGUUCACUGUUUUCAGUAACAGAACCAUCAGUCAUUCACCAGAAGCUGGUUGGGAUACCAAGAGUAAAGGAGCUACUUCAGGUGAACAAGGAACUGCUUCAGGCUUUCGAUUUCACCAGGAAAAGUUACUUGAAGAACUGAAGGAUUACAAGUUUGUAUUCCCACAGCUGGUUUCAGGAAGAAGGAAGCGGAGUAUCGCCAUACUGCCUCAGGCGUGGUAUCCAAGCCACAUCAGGAUCUCAGUGAUUCUAGAGGGGAAGGAUUUAAUACUAGACCUCAACCGUAAUAGAUUUCUCUUGCCUAGAGGAUUCCAGGUGUUGCACUAUGAUUCCAAUGGGACUCUGGUGACAGAGACAGACACUGAAAUGUAUCACUGUUAUUAUGUUGGAUCUGUGAGAAGAUUCCCUGGAUCCCAGGUCUCUGCAAGCACCUGCUCGGGACUCAGUGCUCUGAUUAUGUUCAGUAAUCGAACCUAUGUCAUUGAGCCUGUUGAGGGGGUUACAAAUGGUCGUCAUUUGUUAUACAGAGCUGAAGAUCUCUUGCCAGUGCCGAGUAUCUGUGGAAUCAGAACUCCAUCCCCCGAGUUAACCCUAACUGAUCAUCUCCAGCACUCUCAAAGGGUCAAAAGGAACGUGUUACAAGAGUUGAGACACCUGGAGCUGGUGCUUGUCGCUGAUACUGGAAUGUAUUUGUACCUGGAUCGUAAUAAGGAAGCUGUGGUGCGGAGAAUGAUUAACGUUGCUGGUACCGUGGACAUGUAUUACAGACCAUUUAACAUUCGGGUUGCUCUGAUUGGUGUGGAGGUUUGGACCACCAACCAGAUCACCAUCGACAGGAGUGCUUCAAAAACCUUGAAUCGUUUCCUGCAUUGGAGGAAGAAGACCCUCCUCCUACGACUGCACAAUGACAAUGCCCAUCUUGUCAUAAGGUCCUCCUUUGCAAAUGGCAUUGCUGGCUUGGCACCAGGUAAUGGUAUAUGCACCGUAGACAAUUCUGGAGGAGUCAACACGGACAGAGGGUCAAGUUUCUUGGCUCUCGCUGCGACACUCGCCCAUGAAAUUGGACACAAUCUGGGAAUGUCACAUGACACAGAAGAUCGACACUGUAACUGCCCAGAUGUGGAUGGUGGCUGCAUCAUGGAAGAAGCUCUAGGAUUGAAAUUGCCGAAAGCCUUUAGCAGCUGCAGCCGUGCUGAUUUAGUGAGGGCUCUCCUCCAGGGUGUUGGACCCUGUCUCUUCAACCUCCCAGAUCCUGAGCAGCUGGUGGCGGGACCGAGGUGUGGAAACCUGUACAUGGACAAAGGCGAGGAGUGUGACUGUGGCCCCCCCAAGGAAUGUACCGACCCCUGCUGUGAGCCAUCGACGUGUAAACUCAAACCCAGGGCACAGUGCCCAUCCACUGGUGCCUGUUGCAAAGACUGCCAAUUCCUUCCAGGAGGGACAAUGUGCCGAGCGCCAAUGGGAGAAUGUGACCUGCCAGAGUUCUGUACAGGAAAUUUCUCUAAUUGCCCUGAAAAUGUGUAUCUGCAAGAUGGGCACACGUGCAGUAAUGGGACUUUAUACUGCAGCAAUGGUAUCUGCCAGUCUGCGGAUGAACAGUGCCAGGAGAUCUGGGGUCCCGGUGCAAGAUCUGCUGAAGAUAUAUGUUACUCAUUUACAAAUAAAGCUGGAAGCCCCUUUGGAAACUGUGGCAAGAAUGAGAAUAAUGAUUACAUCAAGUGCCAAAACAAAGAUGUAAAGUGUGGGAAGAUUCAGUGUAAGGGUGGAAAUUCCUCUCCAGUCCGGGGAGGGAAUGUACACUAUUCCACCACCGAAUUUGUGAUUAACGGUGUGCAAAUGAAAUGCAGGGGGACAUUUUCGAAUUUACCUGACUCCAUUUCUCCAGACCUCAUUCGACAAGGAACAAAGUGUGGAGACAAGAAGGUCUGCUUUGAUCGCAGCUGCCAGGAUGUGAAUCUGUUUAAUAUACAAAACUGCGAGGAGACCUGCAACUACCGAGGGGUUUGUAACAGUAAAGGGAACUGUCACUGUGAUAUGGGCUGGGCUCCUCCAUUCUGUAAUGUCAGAGGCUCUGGUGGCAGUAUUGACAGUGGACCCAUGAAGUACACCACACCAGCUCCAUCACCUGAGACAAAAGGAACUGAAACAAGCAUCACCCUGCUGCUAAAUACUACCCAAACGUCAGAUACAUUGAGUGCUUUUCAAUGGAUUGUGCCAGUGGUUGCGCUAUUUCUGUUCCUGUUGCCCCUGACUGGUUUCCUGGUGAGGUUUCUAAUGAACAAGGGAUGGAUGUGCACUAGAGCAAGGAAAACAACUUCGACAACAGAGGCAUUGUCUGCUCUAAGAUCAGACAUUGACGUCUCCACAAGAUUGCAAGAUCCACUUCCAAAUACCGCAGUCUGACAGUCUGACCCCGUUCACAGCGGAUCCAUUUCCUAAGCCUUGCACUUUUCCCUGGAACAUCUAGAAAAAGCUUCGCCUUCAACACACUAGCCCACUCCAGACUAACAUCAAGACUCGAAGACCUAAAUUUUAGCUCCACCUUAUGCAACUGAAUCCUCAGCUUCUUAAUCUAUAGACCAAAAUCAGUGAACACUGGAGAGCUGCAUCUCCUCCACAAUAAUCCUCAACACUGGCACCCCUCCAGGAUGCAUUCUCAACCCCCUUCUGUUCCCCUGUACACCUAUGACUGUGUAGCCAAAUUCCACAUGAAUUCCAUCUGCAGGUUUCCUGAUAACUUAUUGGUGUCAGACUGGAUAUCAAACAAUGAUGAAUCAGAAUGCAGAAAGGAGAGAGCGCUUGGUAUGAUGGUGAAAUGAUAAACAGUCGUCAAUGUCAGUGAAACAAAAGAACUGAUCAUUCCUAUCAGGAAGAAAGGUGGAGAGCGUGCUCCGAUCCACGUCAAAGGAGCUAAGCGGAGAGGGUUGAGGGCAUCACAUUCUUCAGAGUAAUGAUUAUCAACAAUCUGUCCUGGACUUACCACCUUGUUAUGACUGCCAAGAAGGCACAACAACACCUUUUCUUCCUCAUGGAGCUUAGGAAAUUUGGCAGGGCCAUUAGUACCCUCUCCAACUUCUACAUACGCAUUAUAGAAAGCAUUCUAUCCAGGCGCAUAACAGCCUACUACGGCAACUGCUCUGCUUAGGACUGUAAAAAAAACUACAGAAGAUUGUGUACACAGCCCCAACCAUUACAGAAGCCAACCACCCAUCAAUGGACUCCAUUUACAUGGCUCUCUGCUUCAGAAAGGCUGCCAAUAUCAUCAAAGACCCUUACCACCUUGCUGAUGCGCUUCUACAACCUCUUCCAUCAGGAAGAAGAUACCGGAGCUGAAACGCAUGCACCAACAGGUUCAAGAACAACUUCGUUCCUGUUAUUAUUUGAGAGAUGCAUGGACUGUGCAACUUCAAAUAAAGUUGGUCUUGGUAAUGUUGAUCUUGCCUAGCGCACCUCCUGUGCAGUGUAACCUGUAUGCAUCAUUCUGUCUUAGCACCCUAUGUUCUGCAUGUCCUCAUUUGCAAUGAUCUACCUGUACUGCUCGCACCUAAGCUCUUCACUGUACUUAGGUACAUGUGACAAUAAAUCAAUUCAAAUAUUUGUGCUUAAUGAUUGCCACUCUUAAUUACCUGGAAUUAUCUUGCCAUUAUUUCUCUGCCUACAUAUUCUGUGCUGAGUGCCUCUCCACUUCGGUUCCAAAAGAUUGUGAUUUUAAAUAAACCAAUUGGACUAUAA